CUUUCAGCAAGCACAUAGUAAAUAACGAGAAUGUCACUAGAAGCAGAAUCUUCAAGUCCAGCUCCGCCGGAGGUCGAGGCAUCGACCCCGAGCUGGAUUCCGGCAAAGUCAUACAGGCAUUUUGUCGCUGGCGGAUUGGGCGGGAUGUGUGGUGCUAUUGUAACAGCGCCUUUCGACGUAGUCAAGACGCGCUUGCAAUCCGACCUUUUUCGCGAAAAACAUACUAGUUACAGCGUUGUUGGUGCUGCAGAGGGAGGCGGCGGAUCUGCCGUACUCAUGCCCCGCCGACCUGGAGGUUUGCUUUACAACUUCGUAGAGACGGGUCAUAUUUUGCGCGAUAUAUACCAGAACGAGUCUCCACGAGCACUUUUCAAAGGUCUUGGACCAACGCUCGUUGGCGUCAUCCCUGCACGCUCAAUAAACUUCUUCACAUACGGGAAUGGGAAACAAAUCAUCGCAAAUACCUUUAACCACGGUGAAGAAAACUCAUAUGUUCACAUCGCGGCUGCUGCCUUCGCUGGUAUCAUGACCGGUACUUGCACAAACCCAAUUUGGGUUGUCAAAACCCGAAUGCAGCUCUCUGCAGAGCGUAGCGGCUCUGUCGAAGGUGCCGCUCGCCGAGCUAUGGGGAGCUGGUUCACUAUUAAGAAAAUCGCUCGAGAAGAGGGUAUUAGAGGGUUUUAUAAGGGUUUGUCGGCGAGUUAUUUGGGUGUGACGGAGACUACGAUUCAGUGGACGUUGUAUGAACGAUUAAAACGGUUAUCUGCGAACACGGAAGGUAGAGGUGGUAUGUCAGAGUGGCUUGGUAUGCUUGGGAGCGCAGGUACGGCGAAGUGUGUUGCUACGCUAAUAACUUACCCGCAUGAGGUCAUCCGAACUCGCUUGCGACAACCAUUAGUAGAUGGCAAAAUGAAAUACACAGGGCUCUGGCAAACGCUACGUCUCGUUAUCGCAGAGGAAGGCGCAAGAUCACUAUACGGAGGCCUAUCCGCGCAUCUUAUGCGAGUCGUACCGAACGCAGCUGUCAUGUACGCAAUAUACGAAGGCGUACUACGUUGGGGCGCUGCAAACGAUAGACACAAUGCUCUGCGAUAGCCCGGAUAAUUGAAGACGGUUCUGGUUCUGUUUAUUAAGGCUAAUUUUUGAUGAUCCUUCAAUUGCUUUCCUUCGUACUUUCGUUAGGCUUUCUUACAUGCUACUUAGCAUUUUCACCUCACCUUCACCCUCACGCCCAUCCUCGCCUUUUCCUAUCACACGUCCCCGCAACCCAUUUCUACUUCGCACUCCUUCACCUCG